CCGCAUCGUGUCACUGCUCCAUCCCGAGUACCCGACUCUACUUCACUGGCACUUGUAGACCUACUCAACCCUCUCUACAGUAUUCGACAAUCUCGUCGUCGUCGCCAACAUGUUCGACGCUCAGAAGGCCGCGGUGCCGUCCUUCAUGGCUCCUCCGACAUUCCUGCAGUCAAGAGCGUCAACCCUAACACCAAGCGACUCGAGCUCAAACUACGAUGAGAUGGAAAAGGACAUUGCGAGCUCUGCCGCGUCGUUUCAAGAUAUACGAAUCGACCCUAUCCUGCUCCCUCCUGUCCCGUAUAGCGAGCUAUCAAGGAUACCUUCCAUCAAGUCAGAACAAGCCGAGAUCGUAAAUAACGAAGAUGAUCUUGAAUAUCCCAAGGGAAUGAAGCUGGCUUUGAUCGUCAUGGCAUUGUGUUUCAGUGUGUUUUUGAUGGCUCUUGGUAAGGAACACCCUCCCCCAAAUUCCACACCCAUUCAACAGGGUAGGGCCACAGCUGACCACAGCCACCACCUAGACAACUCCAUCAUAGCCACCGCCAUCCCACGUAUCACGGAUGAGUUCAAGAGCUUGAACGACGUCGGCUGGUACGGCAGUGCCUACCUCCUAACAACAGCCUCUCUCCAGCUGCUAUUUGGCAAGUUUUACAGCUUUUUCAGCAUCAAGUGGGUGUACCUCAUCACCAUCGCCAUCUUCGAGCUGGGCAGCUUGAUCUGCGGCGUCGCGCCCAACAGUAUCGCUCUGAUUAUUGGCCGCGCCAUCGCGGGAGUCGGGUCAGCGGGCAUUUUUGCCGGGGCACUCAUCAUCCUCGCCUAUAGCGUGCCCCUCGAGAAGCGUCCCAUCUACACUGGUGCCGUCGGUAGCAUGUGGGGCAUCUCGUCCGUCGCCGGUCCUUUGUUAGGUGGUGUCUUUACGGAUAGUCUCACGUGGCGGUGGUGUUUCUACAUUAACCUGCCCAUUGGAGCCGUCACCAUCUUUGUUAUUCUCUUCUUCUUCCCUGACCCCGUCCGCUCCAUUCCCCAAGAGACAUGGCGAACGCGCUUCAUCCAGAUGGACCCUCUCGGAAACAUGCUUUUCAUGCCGGCCAUCAUCUGUCUCCUUCUUGCCCUUCACUGGGGUGGCGUCACAUACCCCUGGGCGUCUGCCCGCGUCAUCGUCCUCUUCCUGAUUUUCGGCUUCGGCAUGGCGGGCUUCCUCUACUUGCAGUACCUCGGCCAGGAAAACGCCACGGUUCCGCCGCGCAUCUUUAAGCAGCGCUCAGUCUGGUCAUCCUCCUUCUUCGCCUUCAACACCGGCGCCGCAUUUCUUUUGUCCGUCUACUUCCUGCCCAUCUGGUUCCAGUCCGUUCAGGGUGUCUCCGCCGUCAACUCGGGAGUCAGGAACUUGCCUAUGCUGGUUAGCAACAUCAUUGCUUCACUCGUUGCCGGUGCCGCUGUCACUAUCUGGGGCUUAUACACCCCGUGGAUGAUUCUCGGCUCGAUUCUUAUGGGAAUUGGAUAUGGCCUCAUUUCCACCUUCAACCCAAACACAUCCUCCGCGAUGUGGAUCGGCUACCAAAUUCUCGCCGGUGCCGGAGUCGGCGCCGCUAUGCAGCAGCCUCUGAUGGCUGUGCAGGUGGUCCUCGACAUGGCCGACGUACCCACGGGAACCGCCAUCAUCAUCUUCACACAAACGGUUGGCGGCGCCAUCUUUGUCGCCAUCGGCCAGACUGUCUUUACGAACAAGCUCGUGGAGAGCCUGGUCGAGUACAUCCCGACCAUUGACCCCCACUCCGUCAUCGCCGCUGGUGUGACGGCCAUCCGCAAGACCAUCGAUCCGUCUCUGCUGCCCGCGGUAGAGCACGCCUACAGUGACGCGCUAGCACAGGCGUUCCUAGUGAGUGCUGUGACGGCCUCUGCGACCAUCAUUGGCUCCGUGUUUGUGGAGUGGAAGAGUGUCAAGGGCAAGGAUGUCCACGUCGGCAUGGCGUAGUCGAGGCCCGGAGAUGUAGUCGAGCUUCUCGGCGAUUUCAUUCCUUUGGCUCGGGGCUUUCGCGACCAGAGCUCAUCAUUUCCCUAUGUUCCUUGGCGUGAAUUUAGAAUGUAAGUUAUGAAUCGGAAGGCGUUACGGGUUAGGAGCAUUUGCUUGGUCUGAUCGGGACUGAAUAGUCAUAUUGGUGGGGAACGUCCGUCUACU